GCCUGAUUGACAUUUGUGGUUGACAUCCAAUUCUAGAGCGAAUUUUCAUGAAUUUAUAAAAUUUCACCGAUCUAUUUUAGGGCGAAUGCGUGUCAAAAGAUUUUAUUAUUUAUUGAAUAUUUUUUCAAAAGUGUUCUAUGUCAGAUAUUUGAAGAAUUCACUAUGAGAUUUGUUCUAUGAGUAGUGCAAGAGCUCGUUUCCGAAGGUGGAACUGUAAAGUUUAGUGCCUAAUAUGCAAUGGAAAUGCAAAAGCUGGCUUUGCGUGCUGUUGGCAUUAUUAGCCGUGCCACUGAUCGUAGCCCAAAAGAUAGGUGACCCGUAUAAGAUACUUGGCAUACACCGCAGAGCCACCCUUCCAGAAAUACGUAAGGCUUAUAGGCAACUAGCAAAGGAAUGGCAUCCUGAUAAAAAUGAAGACCCAAAUGCAGAAUCACGAUUUGUGGAAAUCAAGCAAGCCUAUGAAUUGCUGUCAGAUACAGAACGGAGACAAGCUUAUGACUUAUAUGGCAUCACUAAUGAGGAUAACCACAUGUACAAACAAAGACACGACUAUAGUCAAUAUGCCAGAUUCAGCAAUGAUCCAUUUGAAGAAUUUUUUGGCACGCAUUUUCGUACUCAAGAUCAGGACAUCACAUUGUUCCAUAAGUUAUCAGUAACAUCACGCCACUUCGAAAAUAAUAUAGUCGAGAAGAGCAUCCACACGCCUGCAAUAGUUUUGUUCUAUACGGACUGGUGUUUCGACUGCGUGCGUUCUGCGUCCGCGUGGAGGCGAUUGGUGGAUGCGUUGCAACCGCUGGGGGUGACGCUGGCGACUGUGCACGCGGGACAUGAAGCGAGUCUCGCGAGACGGAUGGGCGUUCAUGGGGUGCCUUGCCUCACGCUAGUACUGGACAAGCACGUCUACAUUUACAAGGAAGGCUUGUCGUCCAUGCCGAAAAUAUUAGAAUUUAUGCGCUGGAAGUUUCCGUACAAGCUCGUUCAUAGUAUUAACAAUGGCAACGUAGAGGCUUUCGUGUCAGACUUCGAGGACAACAAAGUGAAGGCAUUGAUAUUCGAAGAACGCCAAACAAUCCGCCUUCGAUACCUUAUCGCUGCAUACCACUACAGGGACAGAGUUGCUUUUGGAUUCGUGGAUAUGACGGCGCGCGACGCGUCUAACGUGACCGCUCGGUACAAGGUGCAGAGGCAAACUGACACGAUGGUGCUGCUGAAAGAAGACAGCGAGGAACCCGUGGCCACCGUCAGCACCACGGAGAUCCCCACGCAGACCCUGCACCAGCUCAUCGAACCCAACCAGAUGCUAAUGUUGCCCAGGCUUUCCUCGCAGAGCGUGCUGGAGAUGGUGUGCCCGGUGGAAUGGCGCUCGGCGCGGCGGCGGCUGUGCUGCGUGCUGGUGGUCGACCCCGCCACCCCCGCCGGGGUCAACGCCCGCGCCGCCCUGCGAGCCCUCGCCGCGCGCCCCGCACCCGACCGCCUGCACUACGCCUACGUGUACGCGCACGCGCAGCCCGCCUUCCUACACGCGCUCGCGCACGGCUCAGGUAGCGAUUCGUCAGAAAUGGAACACCGUGUGGUGAUAAUAUGGCGUCGCGAGAGCUCUCGCAUACAAUACGAGUGGUUGAACGAAACCUGGCCUGUGUGCGGUCAUCAGCAUUGUGUUAACGGCGAAUAUCCCGUAGAUCCGACGCUUAAAGACGAGUUCAUAAAGUACCAAGAGCGACUCAACGAGACAAAGAGAGCGCUGGAACAACUGAUCAAGAGGCUGUUAAAACCGACCGAGGUGUUGGCUUACGAAGCUCAGGUGCAGGAGUUGGUGGACGAGGCGAGCUUGGUUGGCGUUGGCGCUUGGGCGGCGCGCGCUCGUGAAUGGGCCGAGCGGGCUCUAUUAGCGCUCCGCACGCAGCACGCGCUCUCUGCGGCUUCCGUGCUGGCCACGUGCGCUCUCGUGCUGGCGGCCGGCUACCUCAUGGCGUACCUCAUACGAGUCGAGGAAGAGUCAGUGCGACGUCAGAAAGAGGAGCGCAGGAAGCAAAGUUUAAACGGCAAGAAGAACAACAACGAACCGCAGCCGGAAAUGAGACUCCACGAACUGAGGGCGGAGAAAUAUAACGGACUUGUCAGAUUAUUGAAGCCGGGCUGUCGAACGAUUGUUCUGCUCGUCGACAUGCAGAGCCGCGUGCAACUGCUUUCCAAGUUUCACAAGAUUGUGUGGCCGUAUCGCAAGAACAAGAGCCUCCUAUUCGCGUACCUGAUGGUAGAACGCAACAUCGAGUGGUUCCGGCGCGUGCUUCAACUGUCUCUGGGCGGGGGGGAGCUGCGGGUCAACGCCCGCAACUGUGUGGGCACCGUGCUUGCCCUCAACCCGCACCGCAAAUACUUCUGCAUCUACCACGCCAAGCAUCCCGAGGGCACCAAGCCACACAAGCGCAUGUCUCGUAUGACGCGGUCCCUGGGAGGGGCUGGGGAAGGCGCCGACCCCGAAGCGGGGGCCUUCAUCGGCUUCCACACCGAGCCCGACUCCUCCUCCGACGAGGUCAACGACCCGCCCGUGCUGCUGCAAGAGAACCUUCUGGACGGCCUGGAGAACUGGCUGGACCGGUUGUUCGAAGGCAGCACGCAUCGCUACUACGUGAACUACUGGCCCGACAUGACCACCAAGUGAGUGAGUGAGUGAGACAGCACUAUUACUGCGCGCGCUCUGGUAACCACUUCGAACUUACCCACUGGUCGGUUUUAGAUCUUUCCGUGAACUCUUCAGUUUCAGAAAAAGAUUGGUUCUCGAGGCUUGAGGCCUUUCUCUCGAGGCGAAGUGUUUCUAAAAUUAUUUUUCUGUGUAAUAAUUUAAGAUAUUGUACCUACUGCCCGUUUGUUGAUGUUUGCGACCACAGGUUUUGAUGUGAUCGCUUCUACCUGUACCCUUAGCACGAACCGCUAUCGAUUUCGAACAGUUUGCGAGUGCCUAAUGUCACUGUCAAAUUUUGUAUGGAAACUUGAACAGCAGCGCCACAACGGACGUAACCAGAACUAAAUAUCUGUAGACAUUUGCCGUUUAACUAGAUCGAAUUUAAUUUUCUAAUUCGGUAAUGGUUCGUUUUAAGGGUACUGUACUGUAUUCUUGUUAUGAUUGCGGUCGAGUGAAUGCAAAUACUUAGGUUUGUCUAGUGAAAGAUAAAGUUCCUUUAAAACUACCCGCAUAUUUUUACUUAUUAAUUUACUUUUAUGAUAAAUAGUAGGGGAGCCCAAGCGGGGAUUUUUGGAUUUACUCGAGCGCGGCAGAAUAACAUAUGGGGAGCAACCUUGCACGAAGUUAAGUACUCCCACUAUACCUGAGCCAUCUAUGUAGGGCCGAACGUCUAGGGCAGCAAAAACAAAAUUUCAACAAACGGCCAUGACUUUUGGUCGGGUCCAAAUCGUCAGUCUUUUGAAUAGGAGCUACUGGACACGCAACAUCCCUUCUCAAUGUCUGACGCGCUCGGUUAUUUUUUCCUAUAUUCUACCCCUUCGCACGGCCACCCUCAUAUCAUGCAAACCGCGGCAGAUCUAUAUUUUUUCCGUUCUUAGAAACGUUACAUGAACCCUCUAGUAGCUUAUAUUCAAAAGACUGACGAUUUGGGCGCGACCAAAAGUCAUGACCGUUCGUUGAAAUUUUUGUUUUUGCUGUUCUACCCGUUCGGCCCUACAUAGAGGGCUCAGGUAUGGUGAAAGUACUCAACUAGGUGCAAGGUUGCUCCCCAUAUGUUAUUCUGCUGCGCUCGAGUAAAUCCAAAAAUCCCUGCUUGGGCUCCCCUACUAAAACGUAUAUGCAAAACCAAAGAGUAACAAAAUAGAUAUAAUUU